AUGAAAAGCCGGACCUCUUCUUCGAUCGACACUAAAAUUCCUACGUUAUCAGCCGAUCCCAAAUUAGAAUGGGUUUCCGCAUCAGCUUCAAAAUCAUCGUGUUCGCUUUCUAGUGAGGAUUCACGAAGUGGAGCGGCUUCUGCUCCCGCUUUGGCUCAACUAGACAUUAUUCAUCAGCCCCCGUUGGAUGAAAUAGAGUACUACGACACCCCAACACAUUGCUAUCUUAUUGGAACGGACUGCGAUUAUGCAUCCUACCACAUUCUUUCAUUCACAAAAAAACCUCCUGUCGUCGAUGCCUCAUCGAUAUCCUCGAUUAAUUCCUCUGUGGGCUGUGGCCACACUACUCGAAGGGAUAACCAUCGAGUUGAACUUCCGACUAUGGUGUCUUCGAAGACCCCCCAAAAGAAUAUGGAUACGUCGACGAAAACGGUAGAUUUGGAAAUGAGCAUGAGCACGUUAACGCAUGAUGAAAUGAUUUCCUUUGUGAGCCCUCUUCGAGGCUCACCGGGUGUGUGGUAUGCGCGGAUUCGAGCUCUUCUUGGCGCAAUAUAUCUUACAAAGGGACAUUACCUCAUUAUAGCGAAGAGCCGAAAGCUGGUCGCGCGAAUUGGACCGCAUCGAAUUUUUAAAGCCACCGAAAUAAAUUUGAUUUCCUUGAUGUUAGACCCUGAGCGCUUUAAGUUGCAUGGAAACUCACAACAUCCGAAAACCGCAGCUGCCGAUGCCCCAACAUCGUCAUCUUUUGUAGUCUUAAAAGAUCCUGACAACCCUAACGAUGCGAAGAACUACGAAAAGCCUCGGAAGCAAAGGUGGUGGGAUCUUCGAAACGUCUCUUCAUUGGUCACCUCAUUGGUGAGCUCUGCCGCUCCAAAUUUUUUUGCCGCUCAUCGCGACCCGGAGGAGGUGUACCGCCAGCAACUUGUCUCUCUUUUUACUGAGGAUAAGAACAAUUGCUCAUUUUACUACUCCCACACCUAUGAUCUUACCAAUACUCUGCAGACUAACAUGACCGUACCUCCUGUGGAGCGAAUGCACCGGAUGAAAUACGUGUGGAAUGAGUUUAUUCUGGAGCCUUUUAACUCCCUAUUCGCGAAGAGCGCGGACGGACCCCAAAAUUCCCCACAGGAGUGGUUUUCUGCCGCUUUCCCGGAUUUCUCUUCGCCGCCGGCGUUUCUCGGCUCAUUGGCGUCUCCGCGCUUCACGGAAUUGGUAGGAGAACGGCGCUGGCGGAUUUUUGUCAUUCGUGGGGCGAUUAUCCAGCACCUUCUGCACACCGCAGCAGAUGCCUUGCCCUUUUCCCUCACGUUGAUCACGCGCGUGAGCAAAACGUUUACCGGGACUCGCUAUUUACGCCGCGGGAUCAACUCGGACGGCCACGCCGCGAAUCACGUCGAGGUGGAGCAAAUCGUUUGCGAGGAAUCCCGCCUUGGCUCGCACUACCUCCGUGGGGGUUAUACCAGCUACGUGCAGGUGCGGGGGUCGGUCCCGCUGCGGUGGUUCCAUCCCCUCCCGAUGCCCACGGUACUGAAGCCGCCGAUUAUCCUGGGCCAGUUGGAUGGGCUGUAUACGGAGACGUGCCGGCAUUUUCAGCAUCUCCUCGCGGACUACGGCGCGCCCAUCGUCGUGAUGGAUUACCUCAAGCAAAUCGAGAAGGAGGAGCGGGAGUCGACGUUGGGGACGGCCUACCGCGUCGCAGUGCAGGUGCUCGCGGGAUCGGUCGAUCGCGCGCAGCAAAGGUCGGCCGAUCCCUUCACGCCGGCUUCUGGAACUGGGGAGGGGGUUCCUUUUGAGGGGUCUCACCCUUCUUCGAAGGGGUUUAGGCAAAAAAAACCGCUCCGCGGCGAGGAGGUGUUGAGUUAUACGGCGAUCGACCUACGUCGGACGGCCGAUCGCGCGUGGAAUGUCGUGACGGCCGCCGCCGAGGCGAACGAGGCGGAUAUCGGGCUCUUUGUUUGCCACGCUAACGGCGCGAUUCGACAACGCCAAAAAGGUGUCGUGCGGAGCAAUUGCAUCGACUGCGUGGAUCGCACGAAUAUCGGGCAGCUGAUCUACAGCCUCGACGCCCUCGGACGGCAGCUGGAGGCCUUGGGCCUGCUCCGCACAGCGGCCGAUCUCGUCCUCUCCUCCGAUGUUCAGGAGGUCUUGGUGAGUAUGUUUUUGUUCCUCGGCGAUGCGAUCGCAACGCAGUAUGGGGGGUCUCCACAGGUCAGUGCGGGGGUCCUGCAUCGGGGCAUGGGCUGGGAUCAGUUUAUGGGUAUUAAGCGUUUGUACAACAAUAUGAUGAGCGAUGAAUACAAACAAGGUGCUCUAAAUUUGUUUCUGGGAAACUUUCGACCCUAUUCUUGUCCUAGAAAUCAAGAUGCCAGUGUCGGGUUGACAUCUUUGGGGCUUCGGGAAAAUGGUGAGGGAGUGAACGGAAUCCCCUUGACGCUAGAACUACCGUAUUCCUUUAUGGAUCCCACCAUUCCUUCUAAGGUUUUUGACUCCACGGAGGCCUCCGAUUAUCCCAUUAUUUCAUUGCCUCAUCCCGUCGCUGGACAAUUCGUCCAGCAUCCAGAGGACGCUACUGAAUCGCUCGCGGGCAAUUCUAUGACGACCUUUCGUCGCUUACCGAUAACCCCCAGGACGGCCCCUUCAUGUCACCGUAAAAUGCCCCCCUCCAGCGCAAACGAACCGCACGAAGGAAUGAAGGGGGAGGCGGGGCCGGACUACUUCCAACUCGCGGACUCUGCCCCACCUCCCCCCGGCUCGACGCUUCUGAAGGAUUGGUGGAUCGCACCUUUGGCGUGGUGGCGGCAUGCGUACGGUCGAGAAUUUGGAAAAGCCAUUAAUAAUCAAGGGUUCCGUACUGUGAACUUGACUUCUGUGGAAAAUUUGAAUAGCAAACCCGAGCUUAAGCCAACUUUACCGGCCUUUAGGGAUUCUCAUUCCUUGCCUGUACUCCUUAACGAGGAGGCUCGGCGCCAGCGUGAGCUAGGUUUACCCGAGGUGCGUUUUGAUCCAUCAUUCGAGGAGGACUACCUGACCUUUUCUGGUAACCCGAUUUCCCAUAACGACGGUACGAAAUAUCCAAUGGAUUCCAUGGUAACCCCUUUCGAAUCCACUCUUUUUCCAGUGAAAAGAGAUCCCUCACUGACAAGGGAUCAUCUGAGUAAGGACCAGCAUGCCUCUCAGGUGCGAGGUGGCAGCAUCAGUGUGAGCUUUUUCACCGAGAUGAAAACCGCAAACACUUUCCCGAUAUGGCAGCCGCGGCGACAACCCAUUCUGCUUUAUCGUUCCACCCGUUAUGUCCCAAAAGACUCAAUUUUUUCCUUGCUGGAUAGUGAAAAGGCUGUAGUCAACACCCUCCGAUCUAGUCCACGCCAAGCUCCCUUUUUUUGUAUCCCAAUCUGGAAUCUAAUGCACGGGUGUAAGGAUACCAGGCUGUCGGACUUCUGUCCAAAUGAAUUAGACUCCUCCCAAAGAGACGGAACCUAUUUUACGGAUCGAUUCGCCUUUCCAAACUCGCUGACCGCAUCCUGGACCAUGAAAGAGCACGUCCACGACCAUUUGCGCUUUCCGAGCCAAGUCCACUCCAGCGUCUAUGAGGCCCAGCAAAAGAAACUCGAGGAUGAGACCGGCAUAAGCGACGACGAUGAGGAAUUCGCGAAGCCCUUUGACGAGGGCGCCUUCGCGGCCAACCCCGGGGUCUCCUCCGGCCUCGCCUUUAGGGCGAAUGCCCUGCUUUGCCUCUUCGGGCCGCCGGCGAGGUGGACAAAUGCCGAGGUGAAGGCCGCGCUGGACUACGCCGCCUCGCGACGUCGCGCGCGCGGGAUUUCGGGCCUAACCGGUGAUGGCCUCGAUCUCAUCCACGCGCCGGUGGAAGGCCUUUUGGGCCCCGGCGCGACCGAGGGCCAGCGCGGGCUGCUGCGGCACCUCCGCGCGAUGGCGCGGUAUCUUCACCGCCCCCCCGCCUCCCCGGGGGCCCAGGCCUCGCCCAAAGACGCCCCGUCCACCCCCCGCGGCAGUUCGGACCCCCACGGCGAGACGGCGGGGAGGCGGGGAAGCGCUUUAGGAGGGGAAAGCCCAGCCGCCCUCAAGGCCUGCUGCGCCGCCAUGCAGUUUUUUUUCGCGGAGGUUCUGACACCGCAGACGGUGGAGGGGGUUCUCAGGCGGUUCGUGGGGCAGCUCCGCGCAGGGGUCCCUCGACGCGAUUACAUUCGUUAUUCCACACAGUCCCGAAAGACCGUGGUGAAUAUACCCAAUCGCCUUACGAUGCCGGUUAUCGUCUGCAAUGCCUUUUCCCUCCGGCAGGCCCACCGGUGGUUGAUGGAAAACAGUGAGGCCUGUCGGCUUAGAUUUCACAUCACCAAUGGCGACAAACGUGCGGCGGCCUUUGAGGCAUGGCGGCUACUUUGGUGGGCCGCCUGCAAUUCCCUAAUCAUCGCCAUUACAAUAGACAACUCCUCCUUUCAGAGUGCUUCGCUUUCUCCAUCAUUUCGGCUACAAAGGUCCCGGGACUACCUUUUUAAAAUAUUUUCCGACCCUACCGCUCUCUUUCGCUUCCCAGGGAUGGUGGAGAGUGUUAAGCUGAAUUGGUCUUCCGUGGAGGACGGCAGCCUCCAAUGGGUGCGGCCGUUUGGCCGCGGGGUACCCCGGGGCAUCUCUGAUCAAAUUCCCCCCACGGUCCUGAUUGAAAAAUUAUGCAGUCUGGCCCUCAACGCGAUUUCGGAGUUUCAAAAAGCGAUCGUGACGGGAUCCUUGUCUUUGACGGAUUCCGUGAAAAUGGCGAAGGUGCUUCUGGAAAGUAUUGAAGUUGGUGCCACGGCGCUGCGGAAUGUCGAUCUUCUUUUAAUUCCUGCCGCCGAAAGGCUUUGCUUUUUUAUAAAUUUAUACAACACGCUUUACGCUCACGCGUGGAUGCGAAUUACGGCGCGUGGGUAUUCGGCGGGGUCGAUUCUCGUCCCGCUGAAUGGGGAGGUGAUGAUGGCUCUUCCGACCCACCUCAUUGAAGACUUUUAUCGUUCCCAUGGCUAUAUCAUCGGAUCCCACUGGGUAAGCUGCUAUACCAUUAAAUACGCCCUUCUCACCUCCCGCCCUCUGCCGCCUUCGGCCUCUUCCAGAGAGUCGUCUUUGGAUUCUCUCCCUGAUGAGUUGUUUGCCGAGUCUUUUGAGCAAAAUGGCGAGAAUGGCAUCGACGUGGGGGAUGCGGGAGGGCAAAAUGGGGCCUAUUUAGUUGACAUCGAUCACCAAGGCUUUUCGCAGGUGCUGAUUGAUGUCGGGAUGCGCUGCACCGCGCAUAUUGUCGAGCCUUUAGUGGAUGUUCGCGAUGUCGCCCUUUCAAGCGAACUAAGCCAUCUGAUUCAGGAGUCCUGGGAAUCCAUCCGACAUGACGUCAACCACUACCUUCCACGUCGAAUGCUGUUAGCCCUUUUGGAUACCUACCUCCCGCCACCCUCUUUGGUGCCCGAUGAAAUGCCCAUGUGGGCCGCGGGGGCUUGCUGUCCGUUUGAAUGCGGUUUGGGCCUUUCCAGUGAUGCUUUGGCGUGUACUGAGACUGAUCGCUAUGCGGGGCUACGAAGUUUAUUUGAGAUGAAGGCAUCCUCAUCGUCUCCGUUUGACUUUUCCGCGAACACCCAUGAAGGGGGUGGGAUUGGCGGGGAUAACCUUCCAUCACCGAAUGCGUGGACAAUGCUUGGCAACGCGACAAUGCAAUUGACUGCGGCGGUAGGGGCCACCAACGAUCCCUACUGGGCGCUUUCCUUAUUUCAACAUCGUCCGCAAACUCCCAUUUCACGACAGAUCUUCAGCAAGUGUCCAACCGACGAUGGAUCGUCGCCUUUGGAGUCGUCGAGUACGUCGAUGCCGCGCUCUUUUACACAUCUUUCCAUACCAUUGGUGUGUAGUGCUUCGACCAUGUAUGGCUACAAUGAACUGCUUGGCAUUGAAAGGGACUUCAUCUAUUCCGUUCAGCAGUCUCUGAAAAUGAGGCCGCUUAUGUUAAACGCGAUUCUAGCCCCAAUUCUCAUUCAAUAUCCCGAUAUCUUUGGUAAUAGUUCCGAUAUCGUUCUCCAACGUCUACAGCAGUCCCAGCAGAGCGCAAUGCGCGCCGAAAAAUGCCGACAGGCAUGUAUCCAACGUCUGGUGGGAAUGUGA